GCAGUCUAGUAACUUCACCAAAGUGUUCAACAUGGGGCAGUUCUUUUCAUCAAAUAUUCUUAAUGCAGGCUGUUCAAAUAGUGAAGUUAUUAGUGAAAAAAAUACAAUGGACAUUGUUGGUAAACUUCCUCCAGAGAUUGCUAGCAUAAUUCUCAGAAAACUUGACAAAGCUUCUCUUGUCAAUGCAUCGUUAGUGAAUAAAAGAUGGUUUUCUCUGUGCCAAGCAGAUCAUGUUUUACAAAAGAGAAUAUGUAUUCAGCUGUACCAUACAUCAAAAUGUUUAUCAUGUAAUUCACAAAAGAUUCGGAAUUCAUCUACUUGUAUUUUGAAAGGUAGAAAUGUAUUAGUAGCGCCUGUGCGUAACAGAGCAUGGUUCACAGUGUCCCACUCCACUCCAUUUGAAAACAGAAAUCAGAAGCACUAGAUCUGAGACUCCCAAAUGCUUCCAUUUCAAAUUCAACUUUGACAGUUUCAGUGUAAGCUUAUCAUACUUUUCAUUUAUCACUGAAUAGUUUAUACUUCCAUGUUUGUUUCUUCUUGAAUUUAAAUAUUCAAGAAAUGUAAAAAUUGUUUUAAAUAAAAUAACAUGUCAUUAAAAAGUAGUAUGUGUUACAAAAUAAAUAAUUUUGUAUUUUUAA